AAGACAAUAUCCCGGUCAAGCCAGAAGCUUUGACAAAAAAACAAAAGAGAAGAGAGUCAAAUCCCAUCGAAUCCGCCAAAAACAGUCGAAAGCAGCCACGACAUAAAACAAGAAACUCAGUUCCCCACCCACCCCCCGGAGUUUCCCUUCCUUUCUCUUCCUUUUCCCUUCUACUCCGCAACCAAUCACUGUUAACCCAACACCAAUUUUUGGCAUUAAAUUUCACCUCUCUUUCAUCGCUUUCCCUCCGUUUCCCUCUGUUCUUCGUUUUAACAAAAUCAACUCACCUUUCUUUCUCCGUAACCCACAUUCUCUUUUCUCUUCCGUUUUCAGUUACAACUGUUUGUUUCGUUGUUUCAAUUGAUUUAGAGAUUUAAAGCUGUUUGGCUAGGGUUUUGAAGCGAUGUUUGGAUCGGACAUGGAGACGAGAAUGAAGCAAUAUAGACAAGUCAGUCCAGAGAGAACCAAAGUUUGGACUGAGAAAUCGCCCAACUAUUAUCAGCAUAACCGGAAAGUUCCUGUUGUUUAUUAUCUCUGUAGAAAUCGCCAGCUUGAACAUCCUCAUUUCAUCGAAGUUCCUCUCUCUUCUCCCAAUGGCCUCUAUUUGAGAGAUGUAGUUGAGAGGCUUAAUAAUCUUAGAGGCAGAGAAAUGGCAUCCUUGUAUUCUUGGUCUUGCAAGAGAAGCUAUAGGAAUGGAUUUGUUUGGCAUGAUCUUUCCGAAGAAGAUUUAGUUCUUCCUGCCCAUGGAAAUGAAUACGUUCUCAAAGGCUCCGAAUUAUUUGAAGAAUCUAGCUCUGAUCGUUUUAGUCCUGUUGGGAAUAGCAUUAGAUUGCAAAAUCUGAAGCAGUUACCUGAACCACCAUCUUCUUCUAGAAGCCAAGAUGAUUCUUCAUCGUCUUCCUGUAUGAAUGGGAAGAGAACAAAGCAUUCUCAGGAUGAUGAACCAUCUUCUCCAGUUAAUCAUCCGACUCCUGGCUCCUCUGUUGCAUCGCCAGAGUCUAGAUAUGGAAAGAAUUCUUCCUCCUGGGGUUGUUCGCUUAGCUUGACUGACUGCAAGGUUUGUAAGAGCGAUGGGUUGGCAGAUGCUUCGACACAGACUGAGGAAAACAGAAACAGACCUAAGACACGGGAAACUUGUAUAAGGGGUGUUUCAACUGAUGAUUGGUCGUUAGAACCUGAAUGCAAUACGGGUUUCCAAAACCAGGUCCCUAAACCUUUUCUUAAAGAUAAUUCUGAGAUAUGCAGAAAUUCAGUUUCUCCUCCUCCGUCCAUUUCUAGUGCAUCAUCUUCAGGUGGGAAAACCGAAACUUUGGAAUCUCUAAUCCAAGCUGAUGCGAGUAAAAUCAAUAGUUUUAGGAUUCUUGAAGAGGAAGAAAUUCGAACGACAACCAAUGCAAGGCUCAAGGCAACAAGCGUGUUGAUGCAAUUGAUCUCAUGUGGGUCGAUAUCUGUGAAAGACCAUAGUUUUGGCCUUGUUCCAACAUACAGACCUAGGUUUUCACAUUCAAAAUUUUCUUCACCAUUGUUCUCUACGUCAAUCAUGUUGGGAGAGCUUGAUUGCUUAUCCGAUAAUCCAAGGCUGAUGGGCCUGAGAUUGGAAGACAAAGAAUAUUUCAGUGGUAGCUUGAUUGAGACAAAAAUGCUCAAAGAAGGAGAUGGACACACCACUCUGAAACGCUCUUCUUCAUACAAUGCUGAUAGGACUUGUAAGGAGUUGGAUUCAGCUGAAUACAAAGAAGAGUUGAAUUCAAGACGUACAAAAUGCAUCCCCCGCUUUAGCAAGGCUUCACUAAGCAAGCAACCAAGAAGUGAGUCCAUGAGAUCUCCUGUUUCUGAAAAACCAAGAAACUCCUCUGAUGGGGUCGAUAACUCGUGCUUUAUACCGAGUAGCAUAUCAAAUGGUGGCAGUAGAAGAAUCACAGAGUCAGUUUGUAGUAAAAACGAAUCAAAACGGUUGGAUUCAUUCAGAGAAGAGAAGGUGAUCAAAAUUGAAGAAAGGCUUGCAUCAGGAGCUCGGGUUAUAAUCCAAUCUAAGGUGCCUUGUGAUGCCAUUGUUGGUUGCUCCUAAGUCUUAGGGGAGCAUGUUAAAGGUCAGGUCAGGCAAAUGGAUACCCUUUUGGAUCCUUUUGGGAAAGAUUGUUCAAUGUAAAACUACUGGUUUUCAAAUUUGGUUUGAAUUUCAAAUGACGUAUUAGAUUAUAUUGGCGGGUCCAUGUCUUCUGUAAAUCUGGAAAGCGAGAAAAGGGCAGAAAAGAUAGAAAGGUAGAUAUCACUCCCGAUGCUUGGAGUAAAAUUUUGGUUCUGCUUUUUCUUUCUUAGUUAAGAUUGUGCUUUUAUGCAACUAAAGAUGCAACGAUAUCAGUAUUUCACCAUCCUUUUUGCAUUCUUUCUUGCCAUUGCAAAAGAUACAAAAGGUGUAGUGAUUACGAUGAUGUGUCCAGUUUUUGUUAUUGGAUUUGACGUAUAAUAUAUCAACAAUCAAAGGUAAAAAUCUUUUUGAAUGUGAAUUAGGUUUGCUUCCUUAGAUGAUUGCUAUAGCAAUGAUCAAAAUUGUCGAACUAUUAUUACCUUUUAGUUUUAGGCUAGGCUUUGCUUGAAAAUGAAGCAUGGGGUUGGAAACUUGGAAUCCUAUGGAGUUGAUUUCUGAUUGACCCUGAGAUCAGUGGAAAAAAAGCCUUGUUUUGUUUUUACUCUGAAAAAAGUCAAAUCAAAAUGUUCAUUUUGAAAGUCCGAACGCCCACAGCUUCGUUGACCGGCGACGCCAUGGCUCUAGUAUCAAGCUACUUGCAUAUUGUUUCUUCCUCUGUGGGGACGUCGUUGUCAGUUUGCGGUGUUUGGUCAAAGUGGCUUCAUUAUUGAUAUAAAUAAUCUGCAAUUGGCAAUGCUAGGUUUAGUGGGACAUUUAAUUUUUUAA